ACAAUCGACACACUACGCGCUCCAGAAAUAUUCAAUCCUCGCACCCGCAACGCCCAGCCAAAAAAGGGAAAGAGAAAGCUCAAGCAAUGGAGAACGCCGCAGCCGUCCGCGCGAAGCCAUCGCUGUCCAAGAAGCCCUCACCGUCGUUCCGCCUCCGCAACGGCAGCCUCAACACGCUGCGCCUGCGCCGCGUGUUCGACCUCUUCGACCGCAACGGCGACGGCGAGAUCACCCUCGACGAGAUGGCAUCGGCGCUCGACGCGCUCGGCCUCGGCGCCGACCGCUCCGGCCUGGAGGCCACCGUCGGCGGCUACAUCCCGGCCGGCGCCGCGGGCCUCCGCUUCGACGACUUUGAGUCCCUCCACCGCGCGCUAGGGGACGCGCUAUUCGGCCCCAUCCCGGAGGUGGAGACCGAGGAAGACGACGAGGGGGACAUGAAGGAAGCGUUCCGUGUGUUCGACGCGGACGGCGACGGCUUCAUCUCGUCCGCCGAGCUGCAGGCCGUGCUCAAGAAGCUCGGCCUGCCCGAGGCCCGGAAUUUGGCCACGGUGCAGGAGAUGAUCUGCAACGUCGACCGCGACCUCGACGGCCGCGUCGAUUUCGGCGAGUUCAAGUGCAUGAUGCAGGGGAUCACCGUGCGGGGCGCUUAAUGCCGGCGUCUGGCCUUCAUCCUCUACUGCGUGUUGACAUGUUCAGGACCAUCUAAAGAUUGGAGGAGGAGCAAUCACAAGGCCAGUAACUUGUGUUAGGUUGUUAAGUAUUAGGGUUGUGUUACUGUUAGUUCGGUUGCUUGCUGCUUGGGAAUUAGUCAUGUCAUGUGUUGUCAAAUGCAGGUGAUGACAUUUUAUUCCAGUGUGUUCUAAGUUCUAACUGUGGUGGUUUUAUCCUUCGCUGAUGUAGGUAUUGUGAUCCUGUUGUGUCUCCCUUGCUCUCAUAAGUUUUCUGAACAUGAGAAAUCUAUCUCAUCUUUCUGUUGAUUAAAAUCUUAAUAUGCAUAUGAUCGAUGUAAUUUA